CCAACACCAAACCCACUUUAAUCACCAUUCUUUUUUCUAAUAAUGUUCUUCCACUUGAAGAAAUCAAAAGCCAUUCCUUUUUGAAUCAUUUCUAAAGUUUGGAGCCAACCCCUCAAUUCAUAUAAACCUCACAAUCCCCCCCCCAAACACCAUCUUCUUCCUCGAUCAUAUCUAACCGAGUUUAAAGUCAUCGAAAAAGUUGUCACCGUUGCCAUUGUACCGAAGAUGAUGAAUACGUCGAGGUUUAUCAAGUGUGUCACAGUAGGUGAUGGAGCGGUGGGGAAGACUUGCAUGCUUAUUUCGUAUACUAGCAAUACGUUCCCAACGGACUAUGUUCCCACAGUGUUUGACAACUUUAGUGCUAAUGUGGUGGUGGAUGGCAGCACAGUGAACCUUGGCCUAUGGGAUACUGCCGGCCAAGAAGAUUACAAUAGGUUAAGACCUUUGAGUUAUAGGGGAGCUGAUGUGUUUUUGUUGGCCUUUUCUCUUAUUAGCAGGGCCAGUUAUGAAAAUGUUCACAAAAAGUGGAUCCCCGAGCUUAGACAUUAUGCUCCUAAUGUGCCAAUUGUGCUUGUUGGAACCAAACUAGAUUUAAGAGAUGACAAGCAGUUCUUGAGUGAUAACCCAGGAGCAAUAUCAAUAACAACAUCUCAGGGUGAGGAGUUGAAGAAGAUGAUAGGUGCAGUUACUUACAUUGAGUGCAGCUCCAAAACCCAACAGAAUGUGAAGGCUGUUUUUGAUGUUGCAAUAAAGAUAGCAUUGAGGCCACCAAAACCAAAGAGAAAACCUAUAAAAAGAAGAUCAUGUGCUUUCCUUUGAACCUCAAUUCUACAUUACAAUCAAAUUAUUAUUUGCUAUAUACUUUUUGUUUUUUAUUUUUAUUUUUUUUACAUAAAAUUUCAUAUGUAACCAUGAAGGAUCUCUAAAAGGGGAUUAGAUUGAAAUUGCAAUGGUAUUUGUAAUGUAUAAAAAGAAAAAAAAUAUAUUUUUGUAA